AGCCACGCCCAGAAAUACUUUCUCCGCCGCAACAACUUCAAUCGGAGACGCCGCAGAUCCAGCCUUUUCGAUAUCACCACUCACACAUUCACAAGUUCAUCCAUGGAAGACGAGACCAUGCCUCCGCCGCUCCCGCCAGCUCCACAGCCACAAAAAGACAGCAACGCCCUGGAGAUGGAAAAUCCUCACGCAAACACGACCAAUAGUUCCAAAAUAAUUCGUCCAGUACCGAAGCUUCCCGUAUCUCCAUACCCGAAAUUUGCGGAGCUGAACAUUAACGAGACAACGGCAGAUGAAGAGCCGUUGCCGCUAACUCUAAAGCUGUCAACUCCACAUCCACAUCCACGGUCGGAGGGGCAGUCGUCGGGCACGGGCAGUAGUUUCCAGGCCGCAAUGUCCGGCGGCGGAGACAACAUAGAUAUUGUGAGCGUUGCUUGAAGAUAACAUAACGAGAAUUGUUGGGUUAGAUAAGAUUUAAGAAUAAGAGAUUGGAUUUAAUUGGACGGCGCUUUCGAUUGAUCAAUGUACAGGUGAGAUUGGUCCCGGAAAUAAUGUGAGAUCAUUUUCGAUGUGGGGGACUCUGCUUUGACUUGCUCGGUUCCUCUUAGUCUUAGUCUUAGUCUUACGAUGAUACAUCCAGAUCAGCUUUAAUUACCUCUCUUAAUCUCACCAUCUUGCUUACCUUGUAUUGUUAUUAUUAUUAUUUUUUAUAGUUAUAUAUAUUGUCAUCCUAUUUCUUCCCU